GACCAUGGCUCAACCUCCUCGUAAAGCGGGAGGCCUGUACGGCGGCAUCCAGUUCUCAUCCGCAACGACCGUCUUACCUUCUAGUUCAACCGAAAUAACGCCUCAGGUUGACGAGAAGAAGAAAGACGUCGUCGAGUCUCUCACCUCAGAUUCUCCAUCUAGAUCUCUUUCAGCAAGUACACCCGCACCAAUUGCAAUUGAGGGCCCUGCGACGGAAGCCGAUGCAGCAGCGGGAAAAGCUUCAGCCGGUAUUCAGUCCACUGUCCGCAAAGCGUAAUAACACAGUAUUAAAUGACUACCCGUACAUGAUUUAUUGCUAUGCGAUUCCAUCGCCGACCCACUUUAGGCUGGUCCGCUGCUCUCGCCUUCGCACCUGUACGACGCGGACCAAAAGCAAAACCGAAGGCCCCGAACACGUCAUCUCGUGCCCUGCCCGUCGGCGCACAGAUCGCCGCAACGACAGUUUCCUCAACUGCAAUCAUCGCAGCGGAGCCAGUUCUAAACGUCGUCGAGCCCGAGAAGCCCAAGGAGGUCGAUGAGUCCACCGGAUUGGGAUGGGGCAAGAAGAUUAAGCCACCAUCGAUGGUCCUCGAUGAGGACGUGAACGGAUUUAGGGCAAAACGUAAGAAAAAUAAUGUUGGAUCCGGAAAACGGAAGGGCAAGAAGAAUAAAAAUGUUCCAGCUGUCCCGACUUGGGACCCAGCAGAGCCUUACAAUCCUAUUCGACCCAAUGAUUAUUACGAGUACAAGGAAUGGAAGAAGCGCGAACAAGAGGAGCGAAGGCUGAGACUCGCUAUCGAGAGGCAACAAAAUGAAAGGAAGAGAUAUAGAAGUGAUAGUUAUUCCGCUAGCGAGUAUUCAUAUAGCGAUGAUGAUGACAGACCCGCGAAGAAUGCUAGAUGGGAGGACGAGGCUAGGCAUAUGGAUGAUACGCCUCCUGUUGUGGUCGACACCUCUAUGACUGGGGACGAGGCUUAUGCACGCCGUCUGGCCAUGUCUCAAGGUAUUGCUGCUCCGUCAGCUACGACUCCAGCCCCGCGAACUAAGACAGAGACCGGUGACGAGGCAUACCAGCGCCGCUUAGCAUUGAGCCAAGGACGCGCUGUACCUGCACCAGAACCGGAACCGACUCGAAUACCAAGUCCUGAACCAGAACCGACACUUUCCUUUAAUCCAUUCGCUCCGCCGUCUGUGCCACCUCCGCCAGAACCAUUUCCGACCUCUGCGCCAGCUACUUCAAGUGCACAGAAUCCUGAGUUCGAGGCCCGUCUCAAAAAUAGUCGCGAGGCAGCUGCGGCCGUCGCUGCGCGUCUUGCGAAGCUUGCUGCUUCUGCUUCUGCAGAGGCGGAAGGAAAUGGCGCCGCAGUCGAAGCCUUACCUGCAAAAGAUACAGUGGAGGAUAGACCCGAUCCACACGGGUUUGCAGCUCGAAUGAUGGCAAAGUGGGGUCACAAAGAAGGACAAGGUCUUGGUGCGGAGGGCCAGGGAAUCGUUAACGCUCUUACGGUCGAGAAGGUCGUGCAAGAGGCCGAAGGAAAGGCGAAAAAGGGACCGAUUAAACCGAAAGAUCCUGUUGGAAUGGGUGUAUCUCGGGGACGAAUAAUCAACGCAAACGAGGAUGCAAAGACUCGGGAGGAUCUUGCUCGGUUCGGACCACCGAGCCGUGUCGUCGUGCUCACUAAUAUGGUUGGCCCGGAGGAUGCAGAGGACGAUGAGUUAAGGGAGGAGAUCGGGGAUGAGUGUUCGAAGAAUGGAACUGUAAACCGAGUGCUCGUGCACCUCGUUGAACCUCCGCCAGAGAACGAGGAAGAUGCCGUGAGGAUCUUCGUAGCAUUCAAUGGACCAGCUGCAGCAUGGAAAACCGUACGUGAGCUGGAUGGUCGAUAUUUCGCUGGAAGGAUGGUUCAGGCAAGGUACUUUCCUGAGUCUCAAUUCAAACAAUUCGACUUGAACGCCCCGCUCCCCGAACGAAGUCUUUUUUGACGGGAAGGAUAGGGAUACAAGCUCUAAUUUUGACCUGUUUAGUCUGCUGUUUAGUUUGCUUUGCUAUCAUUGCAAUUUUUAUGUUUGAUUAUGUCGAAGAAAAUAUAGUACAUGAUAUCUGCAAGAUGUAGGAAAGUCGAGCAAAACUCUUAGACUAAUCCUGGGACAUUAAAAUAAUUAGGGUAUAGCUUCUCCCGAAGCGUUUAGCGCCACCUCCGUGUCUGCGGGCUUCCUCAAUCUGCCCUUCACUGUGUCGAGGUAGACCUGUCCGUUCAGGCCUCCUUGAGGUAAGCGACCAAAUGGCUGCUGGUCCAUCUCUUCUUUUGAAAGAUGUGUCAUCCAUCGGACAUAUGGUUUUAAGGGUGAAUUAUUGAGCUCAGACACAGGAGGUGCAACGAACACGCGCACACGUUCGUCAAGUAAGCGGUAUGCGUUCGUCCCUCGUCCGAAGUAUUUUCCUGGUGCGCCUGUGCGUAGGCCGGGAAGAGAGGCCUGUCGUGUACCUUUGUAGUAGUCUUUGUUACCGCGCUUUGAGGUGAGAGGCCGCCUUGAGGCUUUGGAGAGACAUGCUAGGGUUGGUCUCAUCGUUGUGCGUGUCGUAGACGCGUG